AUUUCUGAGAUUCGUGAGCUAGCUUCUUCUCCAACACUGCUCCUUUAAAGCAAAAACUGGGCACAUAAGUUUUCAUUAUCGAUGACUAGUCUAAGGAAAAUCAUUUCCCUUUGACAGGCCAAAUAUCUAGGACGUUUCUAGAGCUCCAAACUUGUGACAAAGAAAACAGAACCGGUAAGAAAAAAAAAGAAGAAACAAAAUGGAAGGCCAGAAAAGGGUUUUCGACGGGGCCUUGGCCAACAUGUCGCUGGAUGAUUACUACGAGCAGAACGUGAAGAAGGUGCAGAAGGUGCAGAAGUUCCAGCGCCACCGACGCAUCGGUCCGUACUCCUCGCUGGCGGAGACGCGUCGUCACUUCCAGAGGACCCACUACUUCGGCCCCGCCUACCGCCAGAGGCCGCCCAUUCCGCUGCCCGACUUGAAGCGGCGUCUGGAGAACCUGCACCGUCAGCUCGUGGAACUCAAUCGCCUGGUCUCCUCCAAGGCCACCGUCAACUUUGCCCAGAAACAGUUGGAGCAAAUCAAGAAGCGCCUGUCCAAGGCAACUCCAGCACAUCCAGCAAUCCCGCCCCCUCCUCCUCCCCCUCCACCACCACCUCCGGCUGCCAAGGUUUCCGAGGUUGAGAUGAAUGCUACGGAAGAGAAUAUCCUGGUCCUCACCAUUGGCGACGAUAUCCUCUACGACGAGAUCCUCUACGACGAGGCCUAAAAAUCGGAUCCCAUCUGGUUGCCCCACCAAUCGUAGGCACCCCCACUGGCUUUUCCGGGACCCCAGAAGCUGGGACACCGGCGGCAGAAGUGGAAAAACCACCUCGUCCAAAUAUAGCAUAAAUCAUAAAUAAAAUCAGCCUCUUGAAGCACGCUUAA